AUGACGUCCGCAUCCCGUGCUUCGUCCUCGCCUCACUCGAGUUCUGUCGAGGAAGCGCCUUCCGCGACGUCGCAGUCUGCCUCUGCGACGCCUCCGCUCUCGAGUUUUGCGCGCACAUGCGUCUUCUCUUCGCCAGCCUGCGAAGAUCCGUCUUCGCCGUCUCCGCCGUCGCCGCUGUCUCCGCGCGCCGCUCUGCCAAGUAGUCUCUCUUCGCUUCGCGACGAGGAUCUUCCGCCGCUCGACUUGCCCUCCCCUGGGGCUGCGGGUGGCAGGAAGGGCACGGCGGCGAAGAAGCGAACGCGAGGAGCAGGAGCCGACCCUAGGGGCGACGCGUUUCAGCAUCGAAAAACCACACAGGCCUGGCUGAGAGAGCGCGAAAGAAAGCGGCAGAAGCGGCGCCACGCGAUGCUCGCCGAGCUGGGGCUCGUGGACACGGAGGAAUCGGCACAGACGACAGCAGCCUUCUCAACUCGCGACGCAGCCGAUGGAGGCCGCCGCGCGGCGCCCUCUGAACAAGUCUGCGCCAUGCGCUCCACCCACCCUCCCGAAGACGUGCAGGAGAGGAAAGAAGGCGCCGCCCCGGUCCUGCGCAAGGUGAAAGCGAACCAGCUCUCCUCAGAUGAGGAAUGCGAAAGCCCGCGCGCCCACAGCCUCACCCGCCUCUCGCCGUCUUCUUUCUUCGCCGACGAAGCGCGCGCGACCGCGGUGGCCGCCGCGCCGACCUGGCGCAGCGCGCUGAGGCAGCUGUGGGCGCAUGCGCGAAGCGAGUUCUCAGCCGCCUGCAACGCGUCCUCCGCGCGAGAGGCGCCUUCUCGGGCGGCGCCAGUCGCUCAAGCCGACAGGAGCGACGCAGCCGAAACAGACGCGCAGACAGGCACGGCCCCUGCGCCGCUCUCGCUCUCCUCUGACACCGCGCCUUCGGCUGACGAGGGCGAGCGGGGGGGGAGCCGCGGACGCGGCAGGGCGCGGCGGAAGGGCACGCGAUCCCGACGACAAGGCGAGGGCGACGCGCGCGGAGAGCGAGAAGAAGGCCGCGGGCGCCUGCUUGGCGCUGGACGCGCAAGGAUACCAGCCAAGAAAGGCGGCGUGCGCCGCAGCCCGCCGACAGAGGAGACGCGCGAAGAAGAUCUUUUUGCAGAGGAAGGCGAAGAGGAGAGACAGCGGAGGCUGGCGGAGGAGGCGCGCCGCGAGCGGGAAAGCCGCGAAGCCGACAAACAGGCGCAGGACACGAUUGAAGCGGUGAACAAGAUUUGGGCGAUGCAGAUGUCUGAAGUAAACUUGAGGGAGAAGGAAGAAGAGGCCGUGCAGGAAGAUGCGCUCCAGUUCCUCCGGCGGAAGCAGCUCCUCCUCUCGCAAAACACCCCACCGCGAAGCGGAGGCGGAGGAGACGACGACAGUGCGUACGUUCUUUCGGCUUCUUUGCAGCAUCUCCUGGGGCUGUCGAGUCGCUCUGCGUCGAGCGUGGAGCGACAGCGUAGCAUUUCGUGCUUUGCGUUCUGCAGUCUGGCUUUGAAGCCUCGAGCCGCCGCGAAUCUGCACCGAGCGUGCCUCAAUCUCCUUGCCGACCAACGCGAGCCCGCCGAGGCGUACGACGAAGAGCUCAGGCUGAAGUUGGCCGUCUGGGACGACUCGCUCGACGCUCCCCCUCCUGUGCCAGCCUCCUCUUUGCCAGGAUUUGCGUCGCUGUUUUCCUUCUCGCCGGCAGAAAAGACUUCGCCGCCGCGGGUCUCGAAGAAGCCUCUUCCCUCUCGAGUUAUCGUGGGCUGUAGACAGCGCUUCGGCACGUUGGCGGAGGCGCUGGGCAAGCUGCGCGGCCUCCCGCCCUGCUGCCGAGCUGCGAUCCGCUGCGAAGUGGACGGCGACGUCUGCACUCACGACACAGUUUUCGGCGACGAGUCGCUCGCGCUGGAGGACGACAUUCAGAUCGACGUGUGCUUCCCGCGAGAGGCCAGUCAACCCCUGCCGCAUGCCCACGGCGCUGCUGCGCACACCAACGCUCAGGAGGCGACGCAGGACCACGCUGUCCCGCUGAACGAUGGAACGAUUUUAAUCCUGGAUGAUUGA